AUGGAUUCUUCAUCUUAUUCCGAGUCGACGUCGACGAAUGGUGAAGGAUAUGUUAUUCCAAUUUGCAACGCUGAGUUGAGGCCUUAUGAAGGUCAAAAUUUUUCUUCACUUGAGGAGGGAAUUUCUUUUUAUGAAAAAAACAAAGAUGUCAACAAUAUUCCAGAGAAGUAUGUUGGUAACCGGUGGCUGAAAAGUGAAUUAUUGAAGGCAGUUCAUGGUCUCACGAGUGAUGAAAGUGCGUCUGACAAAGGUUCUAACGAAGAUGACAAGCUACAGAUUGGUAACAUGUGUCAUGGACGUUACUUUGGUCUAUAUCAACGCGCUUUUAAGAAUAAAAAUCAUCUGAUUGCAUUAGAUAAUUUGCUUACGGGUAUUGGUCCUCAAAUUUUUACUGAUGACACUACUGGAUCUUCAUCAGUUGAUAAAAAUGAUUCCAUCAAGAACAUAUAUGGUAUUGUUGUAUCUGAAGAAAUAACUGCACGUGCUCCAGAUGUGGUUAGUACAAAGGGAGGUGCAAGUGACAAGAAAAGCAGGAUUAAGUCGAGCAUAGAGAAAGCAAUUGAAAAAGCAAGUAAACUUCAUAGGCGUUGUGGAAAGUGUCAUAAAGUGACUGAUCAUAAUGCUAGGAGUUGUGGCAGAAAGUAG